AUGUGUCGGGAAAGGAGCCCGGUCUUGCCGCCACCGGCACUGCCGUCGCAGGAGCAGCCACAGGAGGAGAAGGAGGAGGCAUCUGCCGGCGGCAUGGUGUCCCAGCGGGCGUUGAAGAGAGGGGAGGUGCGGAGGUACAGCGCGGUGGAGCGUCGUGAGCGCAUCGAGAGAUACCGGAUCAAGCGCAAUCGCCUCAACUUUAAAAAGAAGAUCACCUACGCUUCCCGUAAGGCGCUUGCGGAAAACCGGAAGAGGAUUGGCGGCCGCUUCGCACAGGCCAGAGAUGAGAAGUCGUGUCUUCCAGAAAAGAUAGAUCAAACUCCAAGCAGCAGCAGCGGAAGUGCGGUGCCGGAGUGGUGGCCGGCAAUGGAGGUGGCGAUGGCUAGGGAGGAGGAGGAGGAUAGUUUCGCUAACCUCCUCCAAUUGGACUGGGAGAUGUUCUCCUCAUACCUCGGCUUCAACCUCUACUCCACUACUGAUCCCUCCAUCCAUCCAUCCACCUGAGCAUGUGCAAUGCAACCAAAUCCUGCCUAUCCAGGAUCGCAAGAUUGAUUUCUGAAGUAAUAAAACAAGGGAAGUCGUGUGUUGAACCUU